AUGGAGAACUGGGUAAACAUCACUAACAUUACGAGCAAUGCUCAUUUACCUCAUAUCUAUCAGGUAGUACUCGGAUGUACCACCUUCGUCCUUACAUUACCAUUCGUCGUCUUUCAUAUUCAUCGGUACCCACUCGGUAGUACAGGCGCCGUACUUGUUGGUGCUUUACUCAUGGUUAUUUGUACGGUCAUUGAUUCCUCUCGUGUAUAUACGGUCAUUGGCAAUACGAAUAAUUUGAAAACAACUUUUCUUCGAUGGGGUAUGAUGGUCAUAUCAUCCUAUUUUGAACGAGAGCAAUUAAUCGAUCAUUUAUUGGAUAGAUUAUUUCCUCUUCGACUUCCUUUUGUUCAGUGGCUUUUACGUGUGAGCGUGACCAGUUCUCUGCUUGCUUCUCUUUUUACUAACGAUGUUACAUGUAUUUUACUCACGCCGCUAUUACUUAAAAAAUGGAUAGAACAGAAACGAGAUGUAAGGGAAUUGAAAACAUUACUAUUGGCUAUUGCUACCCAGGCUAAUAUUGGAAGCGCAUUGACUAUUUUUGGUAAUCCUCAAAUGGCACUCAUUGCAUCUAAGUCCAAUGCAUUUGCCAAUCAGCAUAGUCGUCUUGAAUUGAAAACAUGUGUAAUCUACUUGUGGCUUCCUGUUUUUGUGGUGUCGUUGCUGAAUUUUGCUUUUCUCCUCCUUCAUCAUCAAUUUGCUCUGCGCAUCAGUAAUCGAUCGUCAUCGAACUUGCCUAAAAAGGAACUUGAUAGUAUCAACCAGCAGCACUUAUCACCUCUGCCAAAUAAAACAACUCGUGAGACGUCGAGUCUACUCAAUCUGGAACAAGCUGUAUCGAUUAAACCUCAAAAUGAUUAUCAGCCGUCUAAUUCGCGACUGUUCAAGUCCAUUCUAUUCAUCGUCAUCAUCAUCAUCAUCGCAUUGCUCUUUGCAUCGAAUGAAAAAGUUCGUUUCGAUAUUGGUUUGAUUCCAGUUGGUGCAGCUAUUGUUCUAUUUCUUGCCGAUGCUUUUGUGAACCAUCGAUCGCCCACAGUGAUUCUUCAACGGAUCGAUUGGAAUAUUCUUAUUCUCUUUUUCGGUAUAUUUGUCUGGUUAGAUGGACUUAACUCAACUGGUAUUCCGAGUAGAAUCUGGGCGGCACUCAAUCUCGAUACAGCUUCCUUCCAACACAUACCCUCACUGUUUCUUCUAUAUGCUUUUAUCCUUAUCGGUAGCAACAUAUUUUCAAACGUUCCCUUGACAAUACUUAUCCUUGAACAGAUUCAACCUGACGGCAAUCAUCUCAAUCUCGUACUCUAUCUCGCCUUUCUCACAACCGUUGCAGGUAAUCUAACAUUAUUCGGUAGUGUGGCCAAUUUGAUUGUUGCGCAAAAAGCAUUGACAAGUUCACUACAGUACAAAUUUGACUUUUGGACUUAUUUGAAAUAUGGCUUUGUAACAACUCUUAUUUUAAGUUUGAUUGGACUUUUUAUUAUCUAUGGCCUUGUCGAAGCCAUUAACUAA